UGGGGAUAUUAUGCAGGACAAUGUCGUCCGCAUUUUUUUCUGCACUUAGACUACUCCUCAUAUUAGCAGUGAUUUCAUCAGCAGUUCUGUCCUUGCAAACAAAUGAUGAUCUGGGUGAGAUCUUCAGACCUUAUCGUGGUAGAAACGUGAAAUCAUCGGAGAGAGAAACUUCAAGAAGUGGCGUUUCAAAGUUGGUACCAGAAAAUCAAAAAAAAGUGGAUUGCUAUAGACGUGGCGGUUAUAGAACAGGUGGGGGUGGAGGAGGUAUACCACCAGUCAUAAUUAUAGGGGGUGGUGGAGGUAAUGGGGCCAUUCCAGGGAUGGUGAUACCAGGUGCAGCUGGGGGUGCAGGAGGUGGAGGUGUUCCUGCCACUGGAUCAGGGGGAAGUGCACCAGGUCCAGCAGGUGGAACUUCUGGUGGAGGAGCUGGUACAGCUGCAGAUGCAACUACAGUACCAACAGCUUGAUUGUAUCGUUUGAUGAGAUCUAAUAAAUGAUAAUUACUCA